GGCUUUUCAAAAAUGACCUUUGGCUAAAUGGCAAAUCAUUUGCAGUCUAGGCGACAUCUGCAAUCACUGGACGAUCCUGAGGAUGCUAUUAGCAGCACAAAUGACGGAUCACAACCAAUAUCGCAGAAUGUUCAAGAUCUGGCUAAUGAAAUAUAUAAAGAGUUUGAGUCCCUAAUCAAGCUAUAUGGAAAUGGCUUCCUUCAUAAUUUAAUGCCCUUGGUAAUCCGUGCACUGGAAAAUCUGGACAGCUUACACUUGGAAAAUGCUGACCUUCAUCUCAAGUCACUUGUUCUUAGUGACGACCACAAGCUACUUUCUAGCGAAUAUGAAAAAGAAAAGAAGUUAAGAAAGGCUGCUGAGAAUAAGCUUUUCCGAAUGGAAGAUGAUCUAGAGGAGGAGCGUAAGCAGCACGAAGAAAGAAGUCUGGCUUAUGAUGCAAGUGUUCGUAUGCUUGAAAACAAAGUAAAGAGUUUAAAUGAGCAAAUUUCGCGGUUUGAAGAUCAAGAAGCGGAAAUGAAGAGAGACUACCAACGUUUACAUGGUCUUUAUACUAAUCUUCUUCGUGCUUACCUUGAAUAUGUUGAGCGUAUUAGAUCAAUGUGUAAUAAGAACAAACUGGAUCAGCAGUGCCUUCCUCAAAGUCGUUACCUAACAGAUAAUGCAUGUUUUGAUGCUGGUCUUCAAGAUCGGAUGUGUGACCCUGCUAUAGGGAUUGAUCAACUGAAUCGUUUCAGUUGCGUUUUAGACUCAGAUUUAGAAACAGAACGGCAGAGAAUAAUGCGCCUUAUUAUGGAAACAACUCCUGAACUUUAUAGUUCCGGUGGAAUUCUGAAUAUUUCUACUCUUUCAGAACCGUGUUUCGAUGAACUCUCACAGGCUGAUUUACCGGAAGACGAUGGACAUGAUGUAAAAAGUCACGAUGAAUCAUGUACAAUUCCUCAACCUCCUGGUGAGCUACUAGGAAGUGAUUUGGCUGAAUCUGUUGAACUGGAUGUAGACGGUGAUCUUACUGACUAUGCUGGUGUACGAAGAGAAGUACAGAAUUUAAUAAAAGAGAAUCAAGAAUUAAUUCAAACGAAAAACGCUCUUAAAGUAGUCACAAAUGAUCUAAUUGGACGAAUUGACGAACUUUCAUGCCAAAACUUUCAAUUUUCAUCUGAAUUGAAUGGUUUGAUUACAAAUCGUGCGAGCAUGCUGCUACGAAUUAAAGAUCUAGAGCAAGAAAAUGGUCAGCUACGUCGAGAAUUUGAAAAUUCUGAUUUGUAUGGAAGUCUACCAGGCGAUGAAGCAACAGAUUGUGAGGAACUUCCAUUAUCUAUGCGUGUACGCUUUUCACGUGUAGAAAUGGCACGUGUCCUACUUGAGAGAAAUCAAUAUAAGGAACAAUUAUUAGAAUUACAAGAAGCUGUCCAUCUCGCGCAUAAUUUAAAAGCUCAACGAAUGUCCAAACUGCAAGAUGGUGGCAACAAACGUGGACGUAUUAAAGCCUUCUUCGCUCGACUGUUCAAUUCACCUCAGUCACAACAGAAUUCCAGUAAAGUUUAUACACCGUCUACGAGUACUUCUCAACCGACAACGAAUCAUAUAUGCAAUUCUUCCCCAAGGCUCAGUAUGCCAAGUUGCUUUACAUCAUCAUGGACAAGUGAGAGAAAUUUUGGGAAUGUUUCUGUGUCUUUUCAAAAGACAACAAGUGAAAGUUGUUUAAACCAAGACUCAGAGGUUCCUAAAACAUCUGCAAAACCAACAUAUGUCAGUGACUCCUUGCCGAAAAGUUAUUCUCAAUCAAAUCAGAAUAUAGCUAACAACUUAACUAACCAUAAGCAGUCAACAUAUCUGAAAACAAAUCGGCGUACCUCUCCUAUUGAUUGGUUUUCACAUGGGAAUGAAUAUAGUUUGGAGGAAAGAAAUCCACGAGUUGCUUGCAUUUAUCCUUUGGAUGCUUUUCCUGACAGUAUAGAAUUACGGUGUGCAGCAGCUGCGUAUCCACACAACACUAUAUCCUCUCUAUCUUCAUCAUCAUUGCUAUUAUCUUCACCGUUAAUGGAUAAAGCUCAUUCGGCAGACCUUAGUAGUUAUCAAGCGAAGUCUGUUGAUAAUUGUAUUGACAGUGAUACUGAAGUUUCUGCCCAUGAUAAUUUAGAACGCGAAGAAGAACAUCAACAGCUGCAGAUCCAGUCUACAACAAAAGCUUCAAAGAAAUUUGUUAAUAACCACUCAGUCGAUAAUAUACCCAGUUAUAACACUUUGGGUUAUUCAUUGAUAAAUGAUGAAUCUCCAGAUAUUCAUUCAAAUAUUAUCUGGUUGUGUUCGUCAUCUAUGAAACAAGAACUGGCAGUAUUCAAAGCUCAGUCUUCUGUUUAUACUUCAUAUUCAUCAUCUGCAACCACAUUUAGUUCAGAGUAUUCUUCAAGAAUUAAAAGUUUAAUUACAAUUUUACGUAUGGAUAAUUCAUCUUGUCAGUUAUUAGAUUCUUUUGCUAUCUGUAGUUCAACAGUUCUUUGCAUAUGCGCUGCACCAGAAGCAUCAGAUGAAGAUUUCGCUUCGUUAGAGAGUACAAAACGCUAUUGGGAAAUGUUACCGAUGGAUACUUUUUCUGAUGAUUCAGAGACUGGUCAGUCUUUAAAUGCUGAUAUAAGUCAAGCGAAUGCAAAAGAUCAUCCUUCAAAUACAAGUGAAUCCAACAUUAUUACAGAAUUUAAAUACCUUGAAUGUGAUAACUCUAUAAAUUGUAGUACACCUGAAAGAACGAAUAAAGUUAAUGAAGAUAUUAAGUAUAAUAAAACGCCAACACCAACUUCAGUGUCAUCGUCUUCCCAUCUAUCAACUAUUCGACAAGCACUAGAUCACCUAUCAUCUACGCGGCGGUUGGUAAAUGCACUGGGUAUUGUUGGUUCAGUGAAUGAUGUCGAUGAAGUAACUAUGUCUUAUGUCGCAACUAGAAGGCGUUUUCUUAUACGCCACUUAGAUUGUGAUGUCAGUGUUAGUAGUGGAGCGCAUUUCACUGAAGAAUUGCAUAGUCAUCAUUCAUCUGCUAACGUUAUUGAUGAUGACAGUGGCAUCGACUCACAAUAUGUAUGUUCAUCCUCUACUCAUCAUAAUCAAAAUCAUUCUACAGAACAUCCCUUUAGUUCUUUUGUAUCAUAUACUAGCGCACAACCAACUAUUUGGUUGGGCUGCCAUAAUGGUGAUCUCUAUGUACACUCAAGUAUGUCCGAAUGGCGUAAAUGUCUGCAUGCCAUACGCUUACCGGAUUCGAUAACACAAAUAUGUCAUUUCGCCGGUCGAGUAUUUGUUAGUCUAGCAAAUGGUCAAAUAGUUGUCUUUCGACGUCAACUUCUUAAUCGGAGAACGAAUAAUGCAUAUCUUAAUCAUUCGACAUCUAGUCCAUCACUUAAGGCAUCAGCAACUGUCAGCUCAUCCUGUAAUUUACCAGACAACAAUAUUUCGUCAUCUGCACAAUCUCACAACAAUAUCAGCACUUCAAAUCUCUGUGAGGACAAUGAUAAUAUUAUGGCUGUCGGAUCAUGGGAUUUUACUGAGGCAUGUGUUAUUACUUGUGGUCGACCUCAGUGUUCUGUCAAAUGUACAAUAACCGUACCUUCGACAAAUUCUGUUUGGGCUGCUUAUCGUAAUCGUAUAUUGGUGAUCAAUGCGUUUACGCUACAACUAGUAGACUGUUUUAAAGUCCAUGCAAUUCAAGAUGCACAGGUGCAAACAAUGUCAUGGCAUAAAGAUGGUGUGUGGAUUUCAAUACGACGUGAAUCCAUUCUACGCCUUUAUCAUGUAAUUAGUCAUGAAUUAAUACAAACUGUAGAUUUAAACCAAGUCAUUAUGAAUUUAUUAUUGUCUAAUUCUAAUCAACCAGAAUGCAACAAUAUUUCUUCGAAAAUUAAAUCACCCAGCUUCGCCAUCACUACACUGACAUCAAUGAAUGAUCGUUUGUGGAUUGGGACUAGUGUUGGGCUUGUUGUCACGAUUCAUUUUCAAGAUUCUUUAUUCAAUAGAACAUUUCAAAAGUCAACCACAGAACGUCAGAAGGACUCAGCGAAUUUAUCAAAGCGUAUUUGCAAGGCGAUUCUAGAUUGUUCAUCAGUACAAGUAAGGAAGUGUUUUUUUUUAGUACUUAUGUAUAUAAUGUCUUUUUAUUUAGACUUGAUAUUGCGUAAUAUGUGGUGAUAUAAGCUUGAAUAAUCUAAAACCGUCCAAAUCAUCCUUGUAAACGGAAAAAUUGAAUACACCAUCCUGCCCAUUGAAGUAUUUUCGUUAACAGUUGGUUGGAAACAAACACAGAAUACUUUAGAACAGUACCUCAACACUAAUCUCCUCUUUUGGAUGUUUAUCAUACAGAUCAUUUAAAUGUCACUGGCUUUUUGUUUACUAACCAGCCCUACAUGUUUGACAUUGAUAUACCAGAGGAAUUUCUUCGUAAAGUAAUUUAGCUAAGUGUAACUAAAUUUCAAACUCAAUGAGUAGGUUUCAGGUAGCUUUCAUCAAAAAUCAACGUUGAUUAUGGAAGCACAGGAAACUAUACGACCACUAGUCGGCAUUCACUAUUGCUUAUUCUGUAGUUUUACAGACAUUGAACCUACAACCUUUAAAUUUCAUGGCGUUUUUGUUGUUGAGAAAAUUUGAUGCCGUUUUAUGAUAUGUGAUGAUAUUAGAGGACCUAUAACAAUAUCAUCAACCGAAUAUUUUAUCUUCAUUACCAAAAGCCAUUACUGAAUGUUUCUAUAGAUUUAUUUGAUGGCUUCUGAAUUCAUUGAGUCCUGAUAAUGUUAUUGUCACUGAUUUAAAUCUAAUUCAGUUCUACAUUUUGUGUAAGCGCCCAUCAAUUGUAUAGAAUUAUCACUUAUAAAGUCACACAUGGGUCAGACUUAAUAGACACUCACUAGUGUAAUGAAGCUUAUCACCAGUUCAUGUAAGUCAUUUCCGAAAUGAAAUAGUCUCUAUACCUAUUCAAAUAGACCGAUAUCAGUUGAAGAAAUGUCAGGAACCACAUCGCACUGGACAGUUAGUUUAGUUUUUGAAUUCCCUAACAGUUUGUGUUCUAUUUUUGUUGGAGGUCAAAAAUAUAUUCACAAAUUAAUAUGUCUGAAUUUGAGGAACUAUAUCCAGUCAACAAAUUCACUCAACCUAUCUACACCAAUAAUGUCUCUAACCCUUUUAGUUCACAGACGUCUAGCAAAGGUCAUUCGACCUACCUAACUAAUUGUUUAUGGGAAAUACUAUUAUUACCGAUAUCCCUCUUUCAAUAGCUGUCAUCUGUAAUUGUUCUUAGUCAGGACGGAUAAAUAAAGGUGUUUAAAAAGUGUAGCAAAUCGGGUGAAGAUACAAAAUUAUCAGUUUACCUACAAAUGGCUAUUUAAGAGCUAGUUGACUCAAGAUCAGUCGAGUUGAGUUUAACCUCGGUGUCUGCUGACAUUGGAUCAUGGUCUUGAGGCAUCAAUAAUUGACUAGGAUUGGAAAAUAUCAACACUUCUGAAUUCUAACAAGGUAACUGAACUGCAGCUUAACGUUCUCAUAAUGUUAUCAUUUUAAUAAACCGUUAUCCAUUCGAAAGUUUAAGCUUGUUUAGGAGUUGGUGUGCUAUUUCAGUAGGGUUGUCUCAUUGAUUUGAUGUUAGUAAUGAAGAUAAUAUACACGAUAAUCUUCCUAAUAUUGAUUUCUACUACUAUUUUCUCUGCUGAACUUCUUACUUUCUCUAGUAUUUUCUUGUGAUCGUAAAUCCUAUAUCUAAAUAUAUUCAUUUUCAAGACAAUCGCGUAUUUUUUUUCUUUACAGUAAGUGUUCAUCAACACACAACACCGGUGAGAUUUUUUGUUACACCAACUGUUAUUCAACAAUGCGAAGAUAGUUCAAGUAUUCAAUCUGGUUCCAAAUCUUUUGCUACCUUUCAAACAUCUUCAUCUAUGCAUAAAAUGUCAAACUCUUAUUUAUUUAGUAAACAUAAAAAAAGAGUCGAAAAACUCAGUCUCCUAAUGGUUUCCGGUGGUGAAGGUCAUUUUGUCAAUCGGUCUAAAGAUGAUUCAAAGAACCAAUCAGAUAAAGCACAUGCUUCUCGUAGUUCAGAUCAAAGUCAUUUAAUUUAUGGAAGUUGUAAAUCAUCCUUGUCAUCCUCAUGUUUACUUUGAGUUCACCAAUCGAUGAACUGUACAAAUUUUUUUAGUUUAUUCAUUACUUUCAAGAACGAAUGUAUGAUUAUUUCUUAGUCAUAGCUUCCUCUUUCCUCUACCCUCCUUUUGGUUUCAUUUACAGUGUUUGUGACUCCUGGACAAUUCUGAGCUUGUUAGGAGUUGAGUUGUGUAACUCAGCUUAUGGACAUUUCUACUCACCAUGUAAUCGUAUCUGAUUCGGACAUGGUCACUGUCUAAGCUUUCUUGUCUCACCGUUUAUCCACUAUAUUUUUAAUUGAAGGUUAUGUAAAUUACUCCCUUUUUUCAAUAUCCAUGCCCUCAUUUGAGACAAGUCAUCAUGAUUUCAACUUGUCAUAUGUGUAAAUAAUAUUAAUAAGCGUGAUAUGAUUAACUGAAUAAUCUACAUCGAAAUUCUUCUUGGUAUUUCUUCUUUACAACCAUAAAAGUAUUAUUUUUCAUUUCUUAAUACACUGCUGUGUUUGCUUAUUUCCAAUUUUAGUAAUCAUUUGAAAAGAAUAUGGUGUGUUUAU